AUGGCCGACCUAUUCUGUCCAGAUCCGUACUUUGACGACCCCCCAAUUCUGACAGCGUUUGAUGUCAAUCAGUCAAGUAGGCGACCGAGUGUUCUAUUUGCCCCUGAAGCUCCUAUCGAUUUUGACAUUGAAACGGGGCCAUUGCUUGCAAAAGAUUCUUUUCAAGAUCUUGCACCUGAUUCGCCAACUAAACCAGCAAAACCAAAGGGUACAAGUACUAUUAACGUACCUUCUGCACUGCAGCGCAAUCCAAGACAGAAGACUCGUUAUAGUACUGGUAAUCGGAAUGAAGAGAGAACUGAUCAUGGCCCUACACCGCAAACCGAGCAAAAACACGACCCUCUGCCGCCAACUGCUACGGAGUAUAAGAAUCCAAGCUCUGCAGUGAAGUCUUGUGGACGCGAUUGGGAGCGACUGUGA